GUUUUCAAAAAUGAAUUGUUUUCAUAUAAAAUUUUUAGUAAUUAUUAAAAUAAUUUUUAUUUUAAUUAAUGUAGUUUGUAGUGAGAUCGAUAAUCUACCGAAAAUUCGGCAGCAAGAUGGAAAAGUUUGCAUUGGUGAUCAAUGUAUUGACGACAAACAAAUGGCAGAAAUGCAAACAUUUUUAAAACCACUUUUUGAAAAAAUGUACAAUAAAGUAUUUAAAAAUAAUCCGAAAUUUAAAGAUUUACAAAAUAUGCCUCCAGAUGCUAUAGCAGCUGACACUAAACUAAAUGAAGAAAUACAAAGGGAACUAAUGAAAGCGGCAUAUGAAGAAUUAAAAGAUAAAGACAUAAAUGAAGUUAUGAAAGCAAUGUCACACUUGAAAAUUGACGAAAAUGUAAACGCUGUUAAACGAGAGUUAAAGAAAACUUUCGACGAAUACGACGCUGAUGGUAAUGGUGUAAUUUCUUAUAUGGAUGUGGCUGACAUUUUGAAAGAAAACCUUAAGGCUGGAGAUGAGAUUGGUGACGAUGAUGAUGAUGAUUCACUGAGCGAAGGUGAAAUCAAUGCUUUAAUCCAUGAAAUCGAUAAAGAUAAAUCAGGAAACAUCAAUUUUAAAGAAUUCAAGGAAUUAUUCCCAAAAGUACAUAAAAAACAAUUGUACAGAACUCCAACUCAAAAAGAACCCAAGCAUGGUAAAAAGGUUUCCAAGAAGCUAACAAAAGAAGAGUUAUAGGUUAAAUUGUAAUAAAAGAAUAAAAAGAAUAUUUAAAAAAUUA